AUGCUCCGGAACAAGAUCCUGACAGCGAUCAUCUGGAAGCGCCCUAUGUGGUAUUCAGACCCAGUCCGUGAUCUACCACGCAGCCGCGAAUACAAGUGCUCCAGCAGCUUUCGUCAAACAGUCUGCGGCCAUCACGUUUGGACGUCGAGGAGCGUCCUGUCCUGGGGCCACUGCGAGCGGCAAUCCAAAGCCAAUCCCAUUGAAUUUUCGAUUAGAGACCGCAAAUGCCCAAUACGUCCCUCCUCUUCCAAUUCCAUGACAUUUCAGCCCGACAUGCCGGUUAAGUGUCUCAGGUUAAACGUACCACUCCCUAUGACCCUCCUCGCCGCUAGCCUCCAUCAGUUAGAAAUUGCUGUUCUGUCACGAGAGCACAUCUCCCACCCCUCUUCUCUCGCGGCAGAUUUCCGGCAGUUGAUCGACAACGUCGAAGGGAAGAGAACCAGCAAUAAAGGCGGCGUUGUGCUGGACGAAGACAAACGAACAAACCUUGUUACCAUCCUUUACUAA